AUCGAAAUCAAGUCUGGAAGAAUGCCUUUUGUACGUACGGAAACCGCCGAGUCGGACUCGCUAGUCAGCUGUGAUGGUGCCAGAACUACAAAAUGGCAUACNCCUCGCUCUGGCAACAGCGUCUUGGAGAUCCAGACAUAUCCAGACUCCUCGAAGAUCACAAAGUCCCAACGCCAAAUUCUUUGCCCGCCAUAUCAUUGGCAUUGGCAUCAAGAGGAGUACUUCACCGUCACUCAANNGGACACUGACUCAUGGAAUAGAACAUUCAUCUUUACACUCAACGGUAAAGAGACCAAGGUUUCUGCCACGGACCCCAACCCUCGAGUCUCUAUCACACCCGGAGCUCCUCACACCUUCGCUCCGGACCCAGCAUACAAAGGUCCUUGUGUCAUUGAGAUCUCAGCCGAGACCUCUCCUCUAUCGUCAGAAACCACAGCCACUGAUCUCGGUGUCAGCGAGCGUUUCUUCCGAAAUCUAUACUCUUAUCUCGAAGACUGCAGUCGUCAAAACACCUCUCCUAGUCUUCCGCAACUAUUGUUAUUCCUGGAUUCGGCCGAAGUGAGUUUGGCCUGGGAUGUCGGUCCAACGUGGUUGAUGCAGUAUUUGAGUUAUGGUUUGGGUGUUGUGGUUGGUCGCUGGAUUGGCGGAGGUCUGUUGGGGUACAAAGAAUCUUAUCCCGAGUACUACAACCCUGAGCUCAACGAGACCAAGAAGAGUAAAUAA